GGGGACUGCAAUUCACCCCUCUUUUUGGUGAUUGGUGCCAAAUGUCCGAAUUUCUCCUUGGUGGUGGGUUACAUCCGUGGAUUACACCGGUUGUCUUAGAUCUGGUCAACAGAGUGUUUGAGAUCCAAUCACCGCCACUAACGGUGGGCUUGCAGUUUAUCAACAUUUCUCUUGGUUCGCCCAGGAUGGGUUUUGGAUUGGUCUUAAAAGAAACGGUAGCUGAUAGAGAGACGCAAUGUAUUAUCAGGCUUGCAGUCUAUCACGAUCACUAUUUUUUCCUUCAUCAUAAAGGAGGUUUUUUUGGGAUUGGUCCCAUGAUGAGGUGGCUGAUUAACGGAGAGAGAUGCAAUGUAUUCGCAAUCAGUGGUUACGCGGGUUUGUGGGACGGGAACACGGAUUCGAUAAUCAACGUUGUCAUGUACUGCUCGAACCCGUGUUGGCACGUGGCAUGCUACUUUCCGCUCCCGAAUCGAUGUUUCCCGGAGUCACGGUAAUCUCGUUCUGUGCAGUGAAAUAGAUGGAGUGAAGUUGUGCAAAAGUAUGAAUUACGUUGCCCUUCGCACUCAAUAAAGGUUAGUAUGAAGUUUGGUUCGGAGCGGUGCGGAGCUUUCUGUGGUCUAGAUUUGUAGAGCUCGUCGGCUUCGCUGGCAUGCUUUCGGAAUUGUUGCG